UUCGACUUGGCGUGAGGAUGCCAUCAUCAGACGAUUAUGAUUGUUCCAUCUCCGAGCUCAAACUCCUCAUGGAGCUCCGCGGAGCCGAAGCGUUGGAGAAAGUAAAUAGCACAUACAAUGGAGUCGAAGGACUGUGCAGAAAACUCAAAACAGAUCCGAUAAACGGACUGCCCAACGACACAAAAGAGCUUGAACACCGGCGGACGGCGUUCGGCAAGAACGAGAUCCCACCGGCACCGUCGAAAUCCUUUUUCCGGCUGGCAUGGGAAGCAUUGCAGGAUAUUACGCUGGUUAUUUUAUUGGUCGCCGCUUUGGUAUCACUUGGAUUGUCAUUUUAUAAGCCUCCGGCAGAGCAUGCUAGCAAUGACUCUUCGGAAUCCGAGGCUGGAUGGAUUGAAGGAGUCGCUAUCCUUGUUGCCGUCCUCGUCGUCGUCCUAGUCACAGCCCUCAACGAUUGGACUAAGGAAAAGCAGUUCAGAGGCCUCCAAUCGAAAAUCGAAACCGAGCACAAGUUCUCCGUAAUCCGAGGUGGCGAGCCUCUUGACAUCGUCGUCAAUGAGCUUGUAGUCGGUGACAUCGCACGUGUCAAAUACGGAGAUCUUCUCCCGGCCGACGGACUUCUCAUCCAAUCAAACGAUCUCAAAAUCGACGAAUCCUCGCUUACAGGAGAGUCGGAUUUGAUUCGCAAAUCCGAGGAAUUCGAUCCCGUACUGCUCUCCGGCACUCACGCUAUGGAGGGAUCCGGUCGCUUCCUGGUCACAGCAGUCGGUCUUAACAGUCAAACCGGUAUUAUCAUGAGCUUGCUGGGAGCCGCUAAGGAGAAGAAGGACGAUAAGAAAGAGGAACCGACAACGCUGACAAAUGGAAAUCACAUGAAUGGAUUGGGAAAUGGAGUGGACAAGGCCGCAGAGCUGCCUGUCCCAGAGGAAGAGGAAGUCGGAAGAAUGAGCAAGUCAGUUCUUCAGACCAAACUAUCCAAUUUGGCACUUCAAAUCGGUUAUAUCGGAUCCAUUGUUGCCGCCGCUACCGUCUUAAUCCUCAUUAUCCGGCAUUGUAUCUCAAAGUAUGCUAUUGAGGGAAAAUCCUUUGAGGCCAGCGACAUCUCUCAUUUCGUCAACUUCAUUAUUAUCGGUGUCACCGUAUUGGUUAUUGCCGUUCCAGAAGGACUUCCAUUAGCGAUUACCCUCGCUCUUACCUAUUCCGUGAAAAAAAUGAUGAAGGACAACAACUUGGUGCGUCACUUGGAUGCUUGUGAGACCAUGGGAAAUGCCACAUCAAUUUGCUCCGAUAAGACAGGAACACUCACCACGAAUCGGAUGACAUGUGUUCAGCAGUAUAUUAAUAGCGAGUUCUACAAAGGAAAUGCUCCAAAAUACGAGCAAAUGGACCCAUCAACUCGCGACAUUCUCUUCAACGGAAUCGUCAUUAACAGUGGUUACAACUCGACAGUCGUCACGCCAAAGAAUCCCGGUGAGCAACGUGGACAGAUCGGUAAUAAGACAGAAUGCUCAUUGCUCGGAUUCAUUAUGGACAGUGGAAGAAGUUACGAAGAUUUGAGACGCCAGUUCCCUGAGGAGAAGCUUUACAAGGUGUACACCUUCAACAGUUCCCGGAAAAGUAUGAUGACAGUUAUCGAGUUGGGAGAUAAGAAGUAUAGAAUUUACGCGAAGGGAGCUUCAGAGAUCAUUCUUACCCGAUGCAACUAUAUCUUUGGAAAAUCCGGAAAGAUCGAGCAGUUCGGACCAAAAGAAGCUGCGGUGAUGACUAAGAAUGUAAUUGAGCCAAUGGCUUCCGAUGGUCUUAGAACAAUCGGUCUGGCAUUCAAGGAUCUAGUCCCAGCUGGUUCUAAGAAAUACGAAUAUGAAGAGGAAUACGACGGAGAGAUCGACUGGGAGGAUGAGGAGAAGAUCCGUGAGGGUCAGACCGUCAUCGCAGUGAUGGGAAUCCAGGAUCCAGUCCGUCCAGAGGUUCCAGCAGCUAUCGCCAAGUGUCAAAAGGCCGGAAUCACUGUCCGAAUGGUCACCGGAGACAAUAUUAACACCGCUCGCUCGAUCGCCACACAAUGCGGAAUUAUGCAGCCCGGAGGUGACUUCUUGGCUCUGGAAGGUAAAGAGUUUAACGCAAGAAUCCGUGAUGCCGAUGGGAAAGUUAACCAGCAGAAGUUUGAUGCAAUCUGGCCCAAGCUUAGAGUGCUGGCUCGUGCUCAACCAUCCGAUAAGUAUGUUCUUGUGAAGGGAAUCAUUGAGUCAACUGUUACGAAGAAUCGCGAGGUUGUCGCUGUCACCGGCGACGGAACCAAUGAUGCUCCAGCGUUGAAGAAGGCCGAUGUAGGAUUUGCUAUGGGAAUUGCCGGAACCGACGUCGCCAAAGAAGCAUCCGACAUCAUCCUCACCGAUGAUAACUUCUCAUCAAUCGUAAAGGCCGUCAUGUGGGGCCGUAACGUCUACGACUCGAUCGCCAAAUUCCUCCAAUUCCAACUUACCGUCAACGUCGUCGCCGUUACCAUUGCCUUUAUCGGAGCCUGCGCCAUCAGUGACUCCCCACUGAAAGCCGUGCAAAUGCUCUGGGUCAAUCUUAUCAUGGACACGCUUGCCUCGCUCGCCUUGGCCACUGAAAUGCCAACCGAGGACCUUCUCAACAGGAAGCCAUAUGGAAGAACUAAGUCGUUGAUUUCAAGGACUAUGGUGAAGAAUAUUGUGGGUCAUGCUGUCUAUCAGUUGGCUAUUCUUUUCGCGAUCAUGUUCUGGGGAGACAAACUGAUUCCAAAUACUCCAUCCGGAAGAAACGCCGAGUUGGGAUCACCACCAAGUGCUCACUUCACAAUUAUUUUCAACGCUUUUGUCUUGAUGACGUUGGUAAAUGAGAUCAAUGCCAGGAAGAUUCAUGGAGAGAGAAAUGUUUUCAAGGGAAUUUUCACCAACCCAAUCUUCUGUGUAAUCUGGAUCACUACUCUCAUCUCGCACAUCCUCAUCGUCCAGUUCGGAGGUCAAUGGUUCUCCACCGCACCGCUAGACUUGACACAAUGGAUCAUUUGUAUUUGUUGCGGAGUCGGCGAGCUCUUCUGGGGACAGAUUAUCAACUGCAUUCCCGCAUCGAUUCUCCCGAAGUCAUUCCGAUUCGGAAAGGGAGACGUUCAACCGACGUCGAUCAUGCUCUCCGGAGAGUAUGAUAUGCCAAGCACCGCGUCGACGCUGCCAAUGAAGGAUGGCGCGGCCGCUGACCAUCAGAGAGCCGGACAAUCGCUCUGGUUGCUCGGUUUGACCAGGUUACAGACGCAGAUUCGCGUCGUCAAGGCGUUCCAGUCGGUGAACGACGAUUCGCACCCGAAUUCGUUGACCACCUCAACCGCAGACAGACUUCGGGCAUCGUACCGACGAUUGAGGAUCGCCAGAGAACUGGAACAACAGAAAAGGGCUGGUGGCCUACGAGCCAGUGGACAGGUAUAUUCUACGGAGACAAAUGCAAAGGAUACAUCCGGAAUAAGAUUCGCCUAACAACUUCUAAAACAUCCUCUUCACCUAUCCAACCAUAUCGCAUCCGGUGGCCAUUCUACCCCCAUCAAUCCAUCUCUCUAAUUCUUUCAUAAUAAUUCUAAUAAUCUUUAUUCAACUACUCCAAAAAAAAACAACCAGGGUACUUGUGUCUUGCAUCGGUGCUUCUUCUUUUUCUCCCGAUUUACCAAAUUCCUUCCCACUUCCUCCCCCUCCAAAGUGCCUAAUGUACAUUUGACCUUAAAACGCUAGAAUCAAACUUUCAAUGAUUCGACUCUGAAAAAAAAAUAAUUCUAUUUGGUAUUUGCUAAACAGGUGCACAUAUUUCCUUGAACACCCCCCAUCUUUUCUGAAAUUUCUUCUUUUUUUCCAAACGUUUUUUUUUGAACAUUUGUUGCUCACUUUUUAUAGAUUGUGUCUAGCUGUCUUACUAACUGAUGAUGAUAAUAAUGAUUUUAUUUCAAACUUCCAAUUGAAAGAACCAUUUUUUAUAAAAUAAAUGUUUUU